GACGGUUGGGCAAAACCAUGAGGUUGGUCAAGCUACUCCCUCGGGGCUGCGAACCUCGUGGCAUGGCUGGAAAGCAUCACUCGGAAGCUGUCCUUGCGGCUGCAGCUUGGGGAGCAGACGGAUGCACACUUAAAUGGGUUCUACUCUCAUUUGUUGGACAAGGGCCAGGCGUUGGUCUCAGCAGUCGUCGAGGAAAUCAUAUCAGAUGUAUCCUCGUGUGUGGUCAGUCUUAUCAUUAUUCUGCUUUAUGUGAUCUUCGGACUCCUUCAUCCUCUUCCGAUCGGUGGCAAAGUGAGCAAUCUUGUCAGAAGCUAUUUGUGGAAGAAGACCCUGGUGUCUCCGCGCUCUUCUUGUUGCUGAACAAUGAUUUGGCAAUUUUCUUUGGCAUCGUAUCCUUCUUCUUCAAUUACGUUCCCGAAGUCGGUACCAUCAUUGCCAUCAUCAUUCCCAUGCCAGUGAUCUUGUUAGACGGCCGAUUGGCAUCUCCAGCCACCACCUUGAUGAAGGCAACAAUGGGACAAUUAGCGAUGAAAAUCGUUUUCAACAACAUCAUUGAGACAUCCCUAAUCCAAGCAGAUACGGAGAUGAAGGUACACCCAGUUUGGGUCCUGUUGACCAUCAACUACUUUGGCUUCAUUUGGGGCCCAGUGGGGAUGAUGAUUGGCGUUCCCAUUCUGUCAGUUCUGAAGGGCGCAGCGGUGUCUACAAUUGAGCUUGAUACAGAGAAGGAUGACCUGACCAAGGCGUGGGCUGAAUCCUUCUUGGCAUGCUUGGAGGGCCGUCCACAAAAAGCAAGUCGCUUCCUCAGAGUCACGUUCUGCCUGCAGUCAGCCAAAGACUUUGCUUUGGAUGACGGCGCAGGAGAGAAGUUGGAAAUAGCAAUUGGAGCAAUGAGUCUAAAAGCAAGACCUGAAGAGGCCUCCGAAGCAGCACAACCCAAGUUUCUAUGCAGUCGGACGCCGGAGAGAGGCAUGGGCCUGGCGCAGUGCAACGCGUGCGAAAGCUGGUGUCCAGCCAUGGGAUUGAUGUCGCAGACUGAGUGGUGGAUGCUGGCGCUGGCCCAGCCAAAGGCAGGCUCGAAGUCUACGGAGUCCGAUGCGCCUGAUAUGCAGGCAAGCGCAAGCAGCGAAGAUCCCUUCAGCAGUGAAAGAGAGAUGCUGCUGGCUGCAGUGGAAGGUUUGCGAGAAGCGGCAGAGGCCGCCAUGCGACGAGCGGAGGCUGCAGAGGCUGCGUGCUUCGCACCAAUGAAGCUCGCGCUGGAGGCUCACUUGAAGGAGUACAAGGAACACAUGGCAUCUGAGAUUCGAAGUACGCUGCAACAGGAGAUCUCAGAGGCCACUGCAGAGCUGCGUGCAACUGCUCGUGAGCUCUGCGUGCUUUGCCGCUCACCGCUGCAGACUGCCGCUGGUGAGGCUGCGAGUCACGUGCCAGAAGGCUUAAGCUUCACCCCCUGCAGACAGCCAGCAAAGGUGGCAGCCGUUGCAAUGACCUUGGAGCCACAAGAUUUUCCAGUCGUGAUGUGCCAGGCUGCUGAUUUUGCGCCAAGCAGAUUGGAUCCUCAACAUCACACCUUGCCAAGCUUUACACCCAGUGCUGCAGGUUGUAGCUGGCAGAAUCUGUGUCUCGUUCCUCUCCUGAUUGCGCUAAAUCUGACCUUUGUGUUCGUGAUGCAAUGCAUCGCCCGCCACACUCGCAUCUCAGAGACUCUGCGUUUACAAGGAAAACGAUCAGAAGACAAGUACUCUGCAUUUACGGCCCUUCUGCGAGAUCUUUCGGGCGUCCAGAGCGUGAUCCGAUGCUUCAAGCGUGGCUUGGCCCAUGGUCCAAUGAUGUCCAAUGGUAUUCGCAGCGGGCAUGAAACGCUCGUGUCUACACGACAUGUUUGGUUCGGAGGAGGGCAAGCUUACUACAAACUCAAGAUGGAUGAUGAGAAGCGGGACAUUGACAAUCCCGACCAGCGCAUUAGUGACUCCGCUGAGCAGUUUUCCAACAUGAUGUACAUCCUUUUCUCAGGAUUCCUAUCUGCUGUGUUUGGAAUGGUCGCUUGGGCAGGAGUCAUGAUACAGCUAGGAGGUCCAAUGCUUGUCGUGACGUGCAUUGGGAUGGCCUUCCUUCGUCUCCUCUUAUCGAUUAGCAUGUUUGGAAAUGCGCUUGUGGAUGCUUUCAAGGAUAUGCUUGAAACAGGAGCAACCUUUCGAUAUUCUCUCACGCGCAUACGUGAAAAUGCGGAACCUGUCGCCCUUGCGCAUGGCGACCAGGUUGAGGAGAGCCGUUCGCGAAAUCUCUUCAACUCUCACAUCGAUGCCAUUCGAUACAACGCACCUUGGCAGCCGCCAGCUCCAGAUAGCUCCAGCGGACGAUGUGGACACCUUAAGGCCUUGGUGAACAUGCUGUUCACCACCACCUUGGGCAUCAUCGACUUCUUCCCCAUUGCUGGUCAGCUGAAUUUUGGGGAUGCUGUGCGGUGCCAGACAGGAUACAUGCAAGUGGCCAAGGUGAUGGACUUUUUUGCCAACUCUUUCUCCAAAUUGAAGCAGCUGCAAGCCAAUGGCGAGCGAUUGUGGCAGCUUUGGGAAGCCUCAGAUGAGGCCAAUGCGGCUCCCCCAGUGGAUGCCACCAUUCGUUUCGUUGCCAGCGAGGUGUCGGAAGCCUUUGGCUUUGAUUCACUGGUGGUCUAUGCACCUGGUGGCAAGACACCUGUGGCGGGAGUGACUCUGUCAUGCGCCACUGGACAAGGCGUGUUGAUCACUGGCAACUCAGGUAUUGGAAAGUCAUCCAUUCUGCGCGCUAUGGCAGGGCUUUGGUUGACGGGCGAAGGAAGUGUGGCAAAGUCUCCUGGUGCAGAAGUGGUUUUCCUACCGCAGAACUCCUACUUCCCCGUGGGGACCUUACUGGAGGCUGUCAUCUACCCUGCGCACACUGACGACUCUAAUGGCGCUGAGAAGUGUGGUUUGCAGGUGCAAGCCACGCUUGCUCUGAAGCGAGCCAUGAUGGGCCCAAUUCUACGAAAGUGGGGCUUGCAGGAAGUGCGGGACUGGACCGCCACGUUAUCUGCCGGUGAGCGGCAGCGCUUGGCCUUUGCGCGGCUGUUCAUGAUGUUGGCACUGCGCUCGCGCUGUGAAGAACGACGCAGACCGCAUCAGAACAUCUCCAUGGAAACACACAAGGCGCAGAGCACCACAGCCCUGAGCCGAAUGGCAGGCCUUGGAGGUCCCGGCCAUCAUCCCACGCCACGUUUCGGACGCAGCCUGGGCAACGAGCUGUGGAAGGCGGGCCAAAAGGAGCUCGCGCCCGAGCUGGGUCGCUUAUCGCGUCAGGCUGGACUAAGCUUGGGAGACUUGCAACAAGCCUCGGCUCUCUGCGGUGAGCUUCCAAACACCGGAGUCAUCACAGUCGUGGAUGAGGGCACCAGCGCUGUGGAGAUGAGCGUAGAGGCUGCACUCUAUGGAGAAUUGCGAAAAGAAUUGCAGCGUGGUACAUUGCUGGCGGUGGCAUCUGUGAGUCACCGUCCAAGUUUACAACAAUAUCACGACACAGAGCUUGUCAUUGGAGAUGAGGCAAGGAUGCGGACAGAGCCCGUCCUGGACGAGGGAGUUUGGAAUACCCCACUUGGGAAAGAGACCAUCUGGAAGCAUUUGGAUUUGAGACCUCCAUCACCUACCAAAAAAUUUGAGCUUGAGGAAAAGGUACUUCAAGAUACUGACAGCUGA